UCCCAGCCUCCAGCCCAGGUGAAUGUAAGCCGAUGGGGGAGGGGGGCUUCUGUGUCAAAGGUACUACAGUAGACUGUUAGAACGGACACACAGAGGGCUCUGUCCUCUCUCCAUAAUAGCAGGCUUCCUCUCCCUUCAGACCCACAGUGGACCCACACUACAUUCAACCAACCAACACAAGCAGAAUGCGUGUAGCCUGUCUGUUAGUGCUGUUCCCAUUGGCCCUGGUGCAGCUGGGAGGCUGUCUGCUGCUAGGAGCCUUCAACAUCAAGACAUUCGGAGACAAGAAGUCCUCCAACUCAACCCUCAUGGACAUCAUCACCCAGAUAGUGCACCGUUAUGAUAUCGUGCUGAUCCAGGAAGUAAGAGACACUGACCUAUCAGCAACCAACAAACUGAUGCAGCGCGUCAACAAAGGCUUGUCUCCCUAUAGGUACAGUCACAUUGUCAGCGAGGAACUGGGCCGCAGUACUUACACAGAGAGAUACCUCUACCUGUACAGAGAGGAGACGGUCUCUGUGGCUAAGAACUACACGUACGAUGACGGCUGUGAGCCCUGCGGUACAGAUACCUUCAUCAGAGAACCCUUCAUUGUCAUGUUCUCCUCGAACUACACAG